AUGGCCCAAAAAGCCGCCAAAAGCCUGGCAGCCCGCAACACCGCCCUCCUAACCCGCACCCACCUAAUCUCCAUCACCCUACACACCCUCUACCUAGUCCUCCACUUCCUUAUCGGACGCCCCCGCUCCCUAAAACCCUACAUCCUCCUCGGAUUACCAACCCUAAUAAUUGAAUACUAUCUCGACCGCAUCGGCCGUCCCCGCCACGCCGACGAUGGCAGCCUCAAGUCCGCCGGCGAGGAUCUGAACGCUACGGGUUUGACGGAGUAUAUGUGGGACGUGCUAUACUGGACGCAAGGGUGUAUUGUGGCUGUUUGCGUGUUUAACGAUCGUGCUUGGUGGUUGUGGGUUGUCGUGCCUGUUUAUUCGGUUUAUUUGGCUUAUUCGACUGUUAUGGGGGUUAAGAGGGGGUUUGCGGGGAUGGGGGGUGGAGGGGCCGGUGCGGAGGGGGGAGGGUGA